CCUGAAUCUCAAUACCUAGCCCCAAACCAUACCACGUCCUUCGGCACGACAUGCGAGCAUGGCCGCGGACGGCCCUGGGCCAUGCAACGGUCACACGAAUAGUGCAACUGCAGGAACCGACGAGUCUGGCGAUCUGCGGAAAGCCAAGAGGGGGAGAUUCGCCAACGAAGGAUCCCCUGAGCUUGCAGAGACAAUGCCAACUGCAAGUGGUGACAUGCCUGUGGCAGAGAAGAAGCCUAUGCUGCCGCUGAUACGAAGGUUGGUCAGUGAAGUUAACCGUCGCAUCCUACAGUCGCCAGAGGAGUUGUUGAGCUUCGAGGAGCUUGCUGACUUUGCCGAGGCGACUACGCCGUCUGCUGAGGAUUCAUCCAAAAUUGUGCAGCUUCGGCAGCAGCUCUGCACAGCUCUUCAUCAAUAUUUCAGGAAGAGGUGGCCCAUUGCCAAGGCAGAUUGGACGCCACAGGAGAUGGCCCGUGGGCUGGAUCGGCCAACCGGGAACCGGAGCUUGGGCCGUUUCCAAGUGGAUCUCAGCGCUGUGGGUGUGCCAUAUAUCAAUGCAGCCUACGUGCCUGGUCUUACUGAGGAGGUAUCCUAUGUUGUGACUCAGCAUCCACUGCCAAGCACAGUUGGCCAUUUCUGGCAGAUGGUCAUUCACCUGCAGCCAACAGCCAUCG